GAGAUUCGGCUGGAGAUUGAGAAAGUCCAGUCGGAGGAGCCUGCGCCGGAGAAAGAUCUUCGCUGGGAGGUCGAACAGCUCCGCCAGCAGAUCCAGGGCGACCUCCAGAGUAUGUCUGCGCGCAUCGCGGCCUUGGAGAUGCGACCGUCGGCCGGCGGAGAGCGCCAGCACCGCGCAAGCCAGAACUCCAUUUGGAAAGUGGCCUCGGAUGGCGAGCCGAACUCCAACAAGCACAGCAACUUUUCGAACUUCACCAACAACUCUGCCACACCCACUGCCACCACGAUCCAAGUA